AUGGCGUGCUACCUGGUCAUCAGCUCCCGGCAUCUCAGCAACGGGCACUAUCGCGGCAUCAAAGGCGUCUUCAGGGGACCGCUCUGCAAGAAGGGCGCUCGCUCGCCGGUAACUGCCACCUCCUCGCUCCCUCCCUCACUUGCCCCCCGCACGGACUAUGCUGAGAAGGAGAAAGCUGCAGCCAAGGCUCUGGAGGAUGUGAAGGCUAACUUCUACUGUGAACUGUGUGACAAGCAGUACCACAAACACCAGGAAUUUGACAACCACAUCAAUUCUUACGACCAUGCUCACAAGCAGAGAUUGAAAGAUUUAAAACAAAGGGAAUUUGCUCGAAAUGUGGCCUCAAAGUCAUGGAAAGAUGAGAAGAAGCAGGAAAAAGCACUCAAGCGGCUUCAUGAGCUUGCAGAGUUACGGAAGCAGUCAGAAUGCAUCACUGGAACUGGACCAUUGCUUAAAGCCCCAAGAUUAGUUGUGGAAAAGCAGCAAUCACCAGAUGGUGUUUUCCUGUACAAGGGCAGCAAGUUCACAGCCGGUUCUCAAAGAACCACCGUAAGUAAAGGACAAGGUUUCUCCAGCAACAUACUAGAGAAACAGCAGCCUAUAGUAAGUAGGCACCAGUCCUCUACUGAAAGACCCCAUGCACUUGGAAAUCAAGUCUCACAAGUGUUCCCAGAUAGGACUAAUGCUUCUCACAGGGCAGGAGUGUCUUUCUCAUUCUCUAAAAAGGUCCAUUUGAAGCUCGAGUCCUCAGCAUCAGUCUUCAGUGAGAACUCUGAAGAAGGAAAUGAUUGUAGUGAAUCCCCCAACCAUAAAGCAAAGCAAGCUCUUGAGGGCUGUCGUUCUGGAACAGUUUUGGAGGAAGAUAUGAAAACAAGAUUGGAUAAAGGGUCACCUAUUACACAAAACCAAAUGGAUUUGGAUAAUUGCGUAUCAAGUCAUGUAGCUACAAAACCUAAAAUGGUAAAGGAAAAUGAUAAAAGCAGUGACAGAGAACUAGAAGAAAAGGUUAGUGCUCAUCCUUCAUUUUCCAAAGUCAGAAUGCAUCUUUCAAAUUUGGAUUUUUCUGGUUCACUUGGAGAAACAGAGCAAGAAAGCCAUUUGAAUGAGUCUUACCAAUUUUUGGAAGCUCUUAUUUCACCUUCAUACCAGGCUAGUGAUUUUCGUACACAGCUGAACACCUGCAAGCACAACAAUGGCCACCUGCCUGACCAGUUACCUGAGCUCCCCCAACAGCCAGCACCUCAGCUACCAUGUGCAAGCAACAUUAAUGACAGUCCUGGGAUGGUAAAAAAAGAAAGAUCUUUAGAGAGUUCAGAAACCACAAAUGGGAAUAUGGAAACACUUCCAAGGGAGACCAUGGUUAAAGAGGUUAAGCCCCAGACAUUACCUUUCCUCCAUGUAGUGAGCAAAGAUGGCACCACUGCUCUACAGUGGCCCACAGAAUUACUUUUGUUUACAAAAACUGAGCCCUGUAUUUCAUAUGGCUGUAAUCCAUUGUAUUUUGACUUCAGACUCUCUUUAAAUCACAGAGAUGGUAAACAGCAUGAAACAAACCAAGAAAGCUGUAAAGAGCACUCUAUAAAUAAGACUGCAGAUGAAAAUGAAGCCUCAGGUUUAAUAAAACACAAGAAAAUGUCAAAUGAACAAGAUAAUCACUUGUUGAAACCAAAGAAGAUGAAAGGUUCCCUAAAUCCAAGAAAGGCCAAGCAAAAAGCUGAGUCAGACAUAGGGAAAGAAAUGAAUGAAAAUGGUCAAAAAUACAUUGCAGAUUAUCUGAAUGAAAAUAUAGCCAAAGUGCCUGCUUACCUCAAUCUCUCACAAAAAGAUUAUGUGACAGAAAAAAGCCUUCAAACAAAACCACUGAGAAGAUCUUUAAAGCAUCAUUUUCAUAGCUGUGAAAGAAAAAAACAGAACAUUAGAAAUGAAAGCAUUUCCUUUUCUGCUUUUAUGUCUAGGUUUAAAAAGUCUAAAGCUGCAAAAUGUCAUUUAAUUUAUUCUGAGGAAAAAUGUAAAAGCCAAAAUGACUGCAGAUCUGUUCAAGAUGUGGUCAGCUGCAACAGUGACAUAAGUGAUAGUGGAAAAGACUCUAGUGGAAGUUCCCUUAAUUACAAAUCCAGUUCAAACUGCAACUAUUUGGAAAAUGAAGGAGAUGCAGUUUGCAUGAGAUGCUGGAAAUUCCCAUCUCCUCAAAGGUCCUCUUCUGACAGACAUUCCAGCUAUUCUGACACUUCAGAUAGCGAUACAAGUAGCUACCUGAGCUAUAUGAGUCCCACAUUGAAUAAUCACAGCAGAAAUAAUUUGCUUUUUUGUUGUAAAAGAAAAAGCAAGACAGCUGAAAGGCACAAAUGUGAACACAGAAAGCACAAAUGUAUUUUUGCUUCUGAAGGUACAGAUGAGGAUAAUCAUUGUCAUGGUAGAAGUCACAGAACUAGGAACUGUACACAGAGGGGCACCGUUAAAUAUCAAAGAUGGUCAAGACAUAGAGUUUCACAACACAGAGACAGAUCUAAACACAGUAGAUGUAGACACCGGCAUUUUUGCAAAGUGCACAGUCAAAGUAGAAGCUAUCACAGCUCCGAAAUUUGUUCCACCAGAGAUUCAAGAAGCAGUGAAAAGUCAUCUAGUAGCAGAAUGUCAAGAGGCAGCAGUUCAGAAUUCUUCUCAAAAGAGACUGACAACUAUGAAAACCAAACAAAAGAGGAGGCAGAAAGAGAUUCUAACUCUGAACCAGGAAAAGCUGAAACUGUGCAUUUUGACUCUCUGAAUGUGAAUGGUCAGUCAAAAAAUGUUGCCUCCUGCUCUUCUGGAAACCUGGCAAAAGACAUAUGUGGAAAAAGAAAGUCACUGACAGCCAGCUUACUUUUAGAAAGAGUGCAGUCCAAGAAAGCCCAGGAACAAACACAAAAUUCAGAGAGGUUUUCAAACACUUGUGGAGUGGAAUUAAAGGAUCACUCGCAAAGUCACUUUGCUUUUCAAUUUUCGUCACCAGUAGAUGACACUGCAAUGUUACCUUCACCAGAGAAACUGCUAAGCAUAGGUAAAAAUGACAUGGGGUAUAAUGAAAUCGGUUCAUUGGAUACCAGAGUGAAGAAAAACAACUUUGAAGCAUCAGAGAUAACUAAUGUUGCUCUUUCAACAGGCACUGAUUAUAAUCAUUGUCUUUUUAAAGACAUCAUUCAAAUAGGAACAGGCUAUCAGAGCCCAAGCAUAAAAACGAACACAGCAAUAAAGGAACAAUCAAAUCUCUUCAUUAGUGAAGUGCAACCCUUUAUACAAAGCUGUGACCCAGUACCAAAUUAUUUCCCUGGUGCUUUUCCCUCUAAUAGAUAUUCUGUUGUUGCUAAUUCAACAGAGACCAAAGAAGAACUACAUGAUGUAAAUGUGGACUCAAACCAUGCAGAAGGAAGUUCAGACUCUCUUUGUGAAAAUGCUAUGCAGAAGUAUGAUGACACAGUAAAUGACCUAGAAGUGUACAAUAAAUCCACCUCCCCUCCUUUAACACAGCAGCCUAUCACGUUUUCACCAGAAGAAGUAGACAAAUAUAGGUUGCUGCAGCUGCAAGCUCAGCAGCAUAUGCAGAAACAACUUCUGGCAAAACACCUGAAAGUUUUGCCUACCCCAGGACCAGCUGCCUUUUCAGCAACACCAGCAGUUCCUGCCCUUCCUGUCCAGCAGCACGCUACUGUCACCACCAUCCACCACACCUUGUUGCAACGCUUUGCUGUCUCAGCAUCUGUCCAUCCUUACAGCAGCCAUCUCUCCCCGGCACACCUCCACCCCCUCUCUCAGGCACAUUUCACACCUAUAUCACUUUCCCCAUUAGCACCAGCCCUCAUUCCCACCCACCCUGCUCUGCUGACCAGACACCCAUUGCACUUUGUCUCCACCCCUACUCUCCACCCUUCCCCACUGACCCUCCCUGCACUGCCACACACUGCAUAUAUCCCAGCCUUAUUUACACCACACCUGAAUGCAGCCACACAUUCCGCUAUACAUCCAAAUCCCUUAGUUCAUCCAUUAUUCCAAGGGCAAGAGCCCCAUCACCAUUCUUGCUCUAGCCAGACCCAGCAAUUACCAACAAUAAAAGAAGUUUUCAGUGUUUCUAGCUAUUUAAACUAGCCCAAAUGAUUACACCAUGGCUCUGAAACCAAAUUUGAAUAAAAUAAAUUAUUCAGUUCAAUCACAUGUCUGAGGGGAAAACUGUUUUGCUGAGAGCACAACAGCAAAUGUUUUAAAGUCCACAGUCUGGCUGACAGCACAUGAAUGUUGAUUUAGUUCUUUUUUAAAGCCUUUUAUGAUAGUGUCACAAGGGGGAUGGGGUCUGGCUAGUGUCAUUCAACAGAAGGUUUGGAAAGAACAGCCUGAAGUAAAGUCUAUGGCUGUCAGUAAGAAUAAGACCACAGCACCCAGACACAAUAGGACCAAGAAUAUCAACACUGUUGAGUGAUUUAAAGCAGCACAAUUUAAAGCAGCUCAAAGGUUUGCUUUUCCAACUGUGUAUAUGCAAUGGCAUAGUGCUUGGUCUGUUUAAGAUAUUCCACACUGAGGAAAAAAGAAAGCAUCCGGGACAACAAGUCCCUGGUUCUGUCUCCUGGCCAAAAAACUGAGGAGCGUUAGUGUCAUACAUGGUGAGUUAAGACUGGGAGAUGAGGGUCAGAACACCUCAAAGACACUUUAGUGAUUUUACCACUGAGAUAUGUUGCUUGUACAGUGUAAAGGGACUGCAGUCUAGCCACAAGUACAUAACAAAAUAUUCCCUUAGUGUAGAGGGGGAUCUGUGCUGGCACAGCAGGCUGUGGCUUUUCUCCCUGAGACAACUAUCCAAGGCACUGAGGGAAAGAAGUGAAUGAAGCCAAGUCCUUUGGCAUUGCCCGCCUGUGGCUGUAGCACAGAGUAUGUCAGGAGUGGGAUACAGCAGCCCAGAGUUGCCAUGCAGCUAGUGCUGGCCUUGAACCCCAGAGGUCCUUGGCCAAGACUGCAACCUUCUUUCCUAUGAAACAGAACUCUGACAUGUGGGAGAGUCUUGCUCAAAGAAUGUGUACAAAUGUUUCAUCCCUUUCACAAACAAUGUAAACAAUUGGCUGGUCCUAUAAAAUCGUGCCGAUGUUCAUAAAAAUCCACAAGUAAAAUUCUGAGAGGAAACUGGUUCUUCAGGUCAAAUCUCAUAGACAACCAUGCCAGUUUUCAACAUUUCAAAGUAUAUUGAAUCUAAUCAAGUAAGUCUAGAUUUUCACAUGGCUUCCCAAACUCUCAACAUAUAGAUCGAAGUUCUGAAUCUGCAAUGUUUGAAUGUGUGUAUCCAACUUCAGGGUAACACGGGAUUGAAAUUGCUAUUAAUAACUGUUUACCUGGAAAUAGGUGAGGGCUUCAGCAUCUAUUUGAAAGGCACAUUUUGACUAUUUUUAUAAUGUUUCCUACUCAACAUGGGAUAUUUAGCAUGAAACGAGGUUCUUAAUUUUGGCUAGACUGCAGGCAUGCUUCCCAAUGUAAUUGGACAGUGAAGAGUCUGACAGCCAUUACCUGUAUGCUUGGAUUAGAAACUUUUGAAAUUAUUUCAAUUCAUUUACAAUAAUGUAGUACACGAUUAAUAAUGUAUCUUUCAGAAUUUAUAUAAAACACAUGGAGAAAAUUUUGUAGCACUUUAUUCCAUUAUAUUUGGCUAUCUAAAGACAUUGAAAAAUCUAAUUGCAGUUAAGUUGGUUAUUUAAAAUACAACUUAGAAACAAUUUUCUAACUUAUUUUUAAUCAAACUAAAUUGAUCCAUUGCAAUAAAAUAGAAUUAUUUUAAUUUUUAAAAGAAGCUGCUUCAGCAUAAACGGCUAUCAUGUCUUUACAAGUUGUGACUACUUGUUUUUCAAUUGAUUUUCAAAGCUAAAAUUUUUUUGGAUACUUAACAUUUUAGCUAUCAAAUAAAAGCUGUCAGGAAAAAAAUCUGGAGAUUUAGCAAAAGCAAAACAUUUUGUAUUGAAAAAGAUUGGUGAAUCUAGCACCCUUGCAUAUCUUCUGUUUGGACUCCCAGCUUUACUGAAUUCAUUAACAAAAUGGAUUUGUGCCAUUUUGGAGUUACUUAUCUUUAUGGCUUAAUUUUCUCAUUUUAAUGGUAGGGAUUUUUUUAAUUGAAAUUAUUACUUCAGAAUUAAGGAAGUCGGAAAUUUUCUUUGGGAAAGAUGUUAGAAAUAAAUAUUUCCACAAUUUUAAAAUUCCUUCUUUCAUUUUUCUGUCUGAAAAUUUUCCCCAAAUUAGGUCUCAAUUAACAUAUAAUUUCUAGACUUCAGAAACUCUGUUUUCUGAGAUUCAAACAUAUUUCACUGAAUGUGACUUAGCAUCUCUGAAAAUUAGUACUUGCUUGCUCAGAUGGAGGUUCCUCACUCACUUGGACACUUGGAAACAUCAGUUAUAGUUCUGUAGAAACAUUCUGAAUUGAAUGUUGAAAGGAGCAGAUCAAUCUGUGCCCUGGAAGAGGAUGACUGAGCUGCACAUCCACUACCACCAGUUCAGGGAUAAUACCAGCCUAAAAGAUUAAUUUCCAGUCCUAAAAAAAUUAUAUUUAUGGGCACAGUUUCAUUGCUAGUCAAAAAAACCCUCAAUUGUUGUCACUGUAAAUAAGAGUUCAUUUGAAUCCUAAGUAGAUAAUGCCAAGAGAAAAAACUGUAACAGAAGAAAUGCUAAUCUCAUCUUCAGUGUGUACACACACAUUUUGUAUCUCUGUUUCUUACAGAAUAUGUUAAUAUUGUAAAAAUUUCUAUGGCAAGAAACCUGACCAACUGAAACUUAACAACAUUCAACUAUGUAACUCAUUUAUGGGAAAUAGUUAUAUAUGUUCCCUUAAUGUAUGCACAAUACAAUGGGAUUCUAGGAAGGAACUAAAUCAUAGGGUGCCCAUGCAUCAUUGUAUAUAUCAACAGGAAUGAUCUGGUAAGGCAAAUUAAUAGACAAUAAAUAUUAAAUUUAAUUGUUGGAACAGUGGGAAAUAGGACUUUGAGAGGUAUAUAUGGAAAAAAAAAGAGAGUUUAAGAAGGAACACAAACAGCACAAUAGUAAAAAUCCAAUAUUAUUCUUAGUACACAGAAGGGAUUUUCUUGCAGAAAUAUAAUAAAAUCGGGAGAGCUGAGAUGAUAUAUUUGCUCUACUUGCUGCCAUAUUUAUUUUUCAACAGUAAUGUACUUUAAAUAUGUAUCAUUAUUAUUAUUAUUAAAGCAUAAUUGAGCCUGAUGUAUAGAGCCGUGUUACAAUUUAGUUUUUAUCCAGACUGAUUUUUAAAAGAUUUACAGUAUCCUGGUGGCAGAGACAUAUACCCUCCAAGUUAAUAAUGAUCUCUUUUAGCUUGAUUGUAUAUUGUUGAUACAUAAUCUAAGGAACCAGGCCACCCACACCGUAAAAUUCCAAUAACAGAAAGUUUUCUGAGUUAUACAAUAAUAAAUUUGGUUUUGUUUUUUCUUGUUUUGUUUGGUUGGGUGGUUGGUUGGUUUGGUUUGGGAGUUUUUGUGGGGUUUUUGUGGGUUUGUUUGUUUUGGGUUUUUUUUGUAAUUGAGGUACUUCUGAAAUACAUUUAACAUGUAUAUUUGUUGUGCAGAUUUACAUAAAAAUGCCAUUUGACCAGGUUGAUUUUAAAAAUGUUAAGUUUAUAUUUGAAACCGGAUAAUACUCUGGUUAGUAUAAUAUGUAAACUAGUAAUUUUGUUUUGUAUUCUCUGUAUAAAGUGUUUUAUAUUAUACAGUAGCGAAGUGAAUUGCACUAUUGUACAUGCAAUGCGGCUUUUUUUUAGGUUAUUCAAGAAAUUCCUGGGAAUGUAGUUAAUGCAAUAAUAUUUUUUUUUUCAAUAAAAAGGCUUACUGGUAUAAA